AUGAAAAACCCUCGUUAUCGCCCUGGAGGUACGGGCCCUCCUAGUUAUAGGUUGGAGGAGCAAUUUGAUAGUGAGGAUUCGCCAGUGAUGGUGGCCGAGUUGGCCUUGCGGGGUGACUUCAUAUCCAUGGACCUGUUCCGAGGGGGGGUGUUAACCGCCCUGAUUCUAGAAAAUGUGUAUGUGAUGAUCAUUAUUACCGUUGUCAUACUAAAUUAUCAUUUGGGACAGAGACCUUGGGUGCGUUCUGUCAAUUAUUACUUCCAAAUAUACUAGGGUUCCAUUGAUAGUAAUGUAAUUGACUAUUACUCUUCCGAGAAUCUUCAAUGUUGCUAAGCCCAAUGUGGGGGCAAUCAACUCCACCUAUGCUUUUGUCAUCUUCUAUUUCAAUGUCCGCGAAGAUAUCUUCCAGUUCUUCGUUGCAUCUUCACGAUACUACCCCACGAGUGAGUGA